AUGCAUCUUCUCAAAAUCUUCGAUUAUUCCACGCUCCUGGCGGUGGCCAGCUUGGCCCAUCCAGCCUUGGGAGCUACUUCAUCUUCCAAGGCAGCCCCUCCCGAACCCGAAGCCUGGGACAAAGCAUUGAGCAAGGCCCGCAGUUUUAUUUCUAAACUCACCACUGAUGAGAAGAUUGGACUUGUAACGGGAGGUUACACUCAGCCGUCUUUGCCCUGUGUUGGCGCUGUUGGGGGUAUUGAACGGUUGGAGUUCGAUGGACUUUGCUUCUCCGAUGGCCCGGCUGGCUACUCCCGAUCGGAUGGCGUCAGCGUGUUUGCGUCUGGAAUCACAGUUGCUGCAACCUGGGAUAGGGAUCUCAUGUACAAGCGUGGCGUCACCCUCGGUGAAGAGUUUAGGGCGAAGGGCGCACACGUCCAUCUUGGGCUUUCCUCAGGACCUCUGGGACGCCACGCCCUUGGCGGACGUAACUGGGAGAGCUUCAGGCCCGACCCCUAUCUGGCGGGCGUUGCAAUGAGCUCUUCAGUGCUGGGCAUUCAGUCCGUCGGCGUUCAAGCAUGUUCCAAGCACUUCAUAGGCAACGAGCAGGAAACACAACGAACCUCAAGCACUCAAGGCGAGGAUACAAUCGACGCCGUUUCUUCCAACAUUGACGAUCGCACCCUUCAUGAGCUCUACCUUUGGCCCUUUGCCGAUGCCGUCAAGGCUGGGACGGCAAGCAUCAUGUGCUCUUACAACCGGGUCAACGGCAACUAUUCUUGUGCCAAUUCUAAGCUGAUGGCUAUUCUCAAAGAAGAGCUCGCGUUCCCCGGUUACGUCGUGUCAGACUGGUACGCGACACAUGGAACAGCCAGCCACGCCAAUGCCGGCCUCGAUAUGGAGAUGCCAGGAAACGUCAGUGUCGUGGCUGGCCCUUCUUACUUCGGCGACUUGCUCCUGAGCGCCGUUAAGGAUGGUCAAGUACCAGAAUCUCGCCUUGACGACAUGGCCGAGCGAGUCCUGACCCCAUACUUCCUACUGGGCCAAGACAACAACUACCCUACCGUGGAUCCCGCCAGUGGAGCUUCCUUCUCUAUGUAUCAGUACGGACACAAAUCUCAACUUCUCCUCAACUAUGCACAAGUCCCAGCUCGCGAUGUUCGUGGCAACCACGCCAAGCUGAUUCGGAAACUUGGUGCCGCUGGGACAGUCUUGUUGAAGAACGUGAACGGCACCCUCCCUUUGACGAACCAAAAGGAAAUCGGCGUAUUUGGAAACGAUGCUUCCUACCCAACAACUGGGUCCGUGUACCUUGAUUACGGCCAGAACCCUGAAGGUUUCGAGAUGGGAACAGUCGACAUUGGCGGCGGUUCAGGUACUGUCAGACAUACGAAUCUGGUCACGCCACUGGACGCAGUUAGAAAGCACGUCGAGAAGAUGAACGGUCGCGUCCAAGUCCUCCUGGACAACGAUGAGCUUGUAGAUGAACGUUUCAGAACCAUCUAUCCCGUACCGGAUGUUUGCCUUCUUUUCUUGAAGGCGUACGCGUCGGAAGGCCAAGACAGACGGUCCAUUGAUCUUGCAUGGAACGCGAACAAAGCUGUGGAAAACACGGCGGCAGUUUGUCCCAACACUGUGGUUGUCGUGCAUGGGCCUGGAGUGGUCACGAUGCCCUGGGCGGAUAACGAGAACGUCACAGCCAUCCUAUCGGCGCAUUACCCCGGCGAGGGAACGGGAAACUCAAUCGUCGAUGUUCUCUGGGGCCUUGCUGAGCCGUCUGGCCGUCUUCCUUACACGGCCCCAAAGAAACUUGCCGACUAUGGGAAACCUAUCGUCAACCUCAGUCAACCAGUGACGGACCCUAAUGCCUGGCAAUCAGACUUUGACGAGGGACAGUUGAUUGACUACCGACAUUUCGACGCGAACGACAUUGACCCUCUCUUUGAAUUUGGGUUCGGCCUUUCCUACACCCAGUUCAAUAUGUCGAGCCGUCUCACUGUCAAAGCCAACUCCGGACUUAGCUCUCAUGCCGACAAGUCCAAGGGAGUCGCUCCUGGUGGCUUAAAGGCCCUUUGGACGCCUGUGGCUAAGGUGACCGUUGAGAUCACCAAUGUGGGAGACUCGGCGGGCACUGCUGUGCCUCAGCUUUAUGUCUCCUUGCCCACGAGCAAGACUCCGAAGGGCAACCCGGUGAGGUCGCUCAGGGGCUUUGAAAAGGUUUAUCUCAAACCCGGUAAGACUCAAAAGGUAACAUUUGAAUUAAAGAGGAGAGACUUGAGUUUCUGGGACGAGGAAGGGAAGCAAUGGGUGAUCCCAGAGGGCACUUUUACCUUUGCAGCUGGCUUUAGUUCUAGGGACCUCAGGGCUAAAGCCGAGACCUCUGUCUUCUGA